AGCCGAGCCGGAAGCAGCGACCAGUCGGGACCCGUAGGGAGAGGCGGGGAGCGGCGGCGGCGGCGGUGGCGCUAACUGUGGUGGCUAUUGUGGAGAGGCUUCACGGCAGGGGCGACGUGGCUGGUGCUGCAGCGGCUCGCUCAGGCCGUGGGUUGUCGCUGCAGACGUGGGUCAAAGAGGGAACGACGACUCAGCGAGCUCACUUGGCAGAGCAGGGAGGAGGGGAAGGGAUUUUAGAAACACCCCGCGUCUCCCUUCUCGAAUUUCUCUCGGUCCUUGUCAGUUGAUUCGUAGCCUAAAAUGCAUGGUCAUGGAGGCUAUGACUCUGAUUUUAGUGAUGAUGAACACUGUGGAGAAUCUAGCAAAAGGAAAAAAAGGACAGUUGAAGAUGAUUUACUACUCAAAAAGCCAUUUCAGAAAGAAAAACAUGGAAAGGUGGUUCAUAAACAAGUUGCAGCAGAAUUGCUGGAUAGGGAAGAAGCAAAAAAUAGAAGGUUUCAUCUCAUAGCUAUGGAUGCUUAUCAAAGGCAUACAAAGUUUGUAAAUGACUAUAUUUUAUAUUAUGGUGGCAAAAAAGAAGACUUCAGACGAUUGGGGGAAAAUGAUAAGACAGACAUGGAUGUUAUACGAGAAAAUCAUAGAUUCCUAUGGAAUGAGGAGGAUGAAAUGGACAUGAAUUGGGAGAAGAGACUUGCAAAGAAAUACUAUGAUAAAUUAUUCAAGGAAUACUGCAUAGCAGAUCUCAGCAGAUACAAAGAAAAUAAGUUUGGAUUUAGGUGGCGAGUAGAAAAAGAAGUAAUUUCAGGAAAAGGCCAAUUUUGCUGUGGAAAUAAAUCUUGUGAUAAAAAAGAAGGCUUAAAGAGUUGGGAAGUUAAUUUUGGUUAUACUGAGCAUGGUGAAAAAAGAAAUGCACUUGUUAAAUUAAGAUUAUGCCAAGAAUGUUCCUUUAAAUUAAAUUUUCAUCACAGGAGAAAAGAAAUCAAGUCAAAAAAAAGAAAAGAUAAAGCCGAAAAAGAUUCUGAAGAGUCAACACAUAAAAAAUCCAGAUUAUCUUCUGUAGAAGAGACCUCUAAGACAAAGGAUAAAGCGCAUUCAUCCUCAGUGAAAUCAGAAAGUUCUGUCAACAGAAACUCUGAUGAGGAAGAAAGUGCUUCAGAGUCUGAACUUUGGAAGGGCCCACUACCAGAGACAGAUGAAAAAUCACAGGAAGAAGAAUUUGAUGAAUAUUUUCAAGAUUUAUUUCUGUGAGAUGAAAGAGGGAUGCCUACAUUCCUUAAUGUGAAGUGUACUUUGAAAUUCUUCACAAAAGUUUUGUCUACAAGUUGCAACUUGAGUGGUUUGUCUUUGGAAAUAAAAGAUCCAUCUAGGAUGGAUUGUCAGAUGCUUUGAAA